AUGGAUUUAACUGAUAGAUUGAUUAUUUCAUAUCCUCUAUACUUUUCAAAUGAUACAUCAGGAUGUGGUUAUUGUAAUGGGCAGAAAGCUAUUGCUGAGAACAAUUACUCACUUAUGUCUUUAAUGCAUAAGGAGUCCAAUGGUAUCACAGUGAAUAACAGUUGUGUUGGGUUUCAAUCCGAGCAGAUGAGUGUUGAACAAUAUGACAGAUUGUGUAAUAUGGGAUACAGAAGGUCAGGAAAUUUUGUUUAUAAAGGAGACAUGUUAAGGAAUUGUUGUAGGAAAUACACAAUUAGAACUAAAAUGGAGUAUCUUAAGAUAGAUAAAGAGUUGAAGAAGUCAUUGAGACGAUUCAAUAAGUUUGUUAAUCCAACAGAAAAUGAGAUGCAUAAAAAGAAUAAAGGAAAUGUCGAGUACAACGUAAUUGAAGAAGUAUUGAAGAUAAAGAGAUCAUCUAGUAGGUUGAAAACCGUCUUUGAACCCUCCGUUUACUCACAGGAGAAGUACGAACUAUUUUGUAAAUUCCAAGAGAAUAUACACCAUGACUACAAACAUAGUGAAAGGGGAUUCAGGCAAUUUUUAUGCCAUUCUCCUUUUACAGAUGAAGAGAUAAUGGGAACAGAAGAAGAAUGGGAGCAACUAAAUAAUUGGGACACUCUUCAAGACAACGAGUAUAUCAAAAGACUUGGCCCUGCUCACGAGUGCUAUUACUUGGAUGGAAAACUAAUUGCAUUUGCAGUAACUGAUUUUUUAGUAACGGGGUUAUCAUCGGUUUACUUCGUUUGGGAUCCAGACUAUGCUAGAUUAUCUCUUGGUAAAGUAAGUGCUCUUAAAGAAUUGGUACUUUCGACUAAAAUUAAAAAUGGUUACUAUUACCUUGGUUAUUAUAUUGGCGACUGUCCAAAAAUGAAUUAUAAAGGAAAAUAUGGAGGGGAGUUGCUCGAUUUGUGUGCUGCAAACUAUGUUAGGUUGGAGAAACUGGAUAACAUAACAAAACACGGGAGAUUAUUCAUAAUGACAGACUCGGAGGAUAAAUGUGAUACCCCACAGUCUGAACCAUAUCUUAAUGAGAAAUUAAAAGCCCUAUGGUUGCCAUCCCUUUCAGGUGAAAACUUGAUCAAUAUUGCUGAAAAUAUAUAUGGGAGCAAUGGGAAAGCCUUACUUGAUGCAAACAAAGCUGCCAUUUCGUUAAAAGCCUUUGGAAUGGAUUUCCGGACCGAGAAUAUGAAUGGUGACAAACUGAAUGACAACAAUACCAGCAUUACCACCAACAGAACAGGAAAUGAAGGUAAAAAAUCCAAGAAGAAAACAAGCGAUGCCAUAAGAUCGAUUCCCAACGUUCUUCCUGGACUUGUACCUUUACCAGAAGUACUAGAAAUCAUAAACUCAGGAAAAAUAGACACCCUGAAGGAUAAGCUGCUAAUAUUUGAUACAGAAUUAGGGGGAUUACGACCAUUCAUGGGCUCUAAACUUGAAUCACCAGAAGUCAUGAAAAUAAUUUGCGAUACAAUUCGAGUUAUGGGAACAGAAAACGCCAUGAACACCAUUAUAAUUAUAUAG